AUGGAUCACCACCUGCUUGGAUUUCUCUUCUCCUUCCUGUUCAGUGGCACCAAGGUCUUAGCCGGUUACCCAAUUUGGUGGUCCCUGGCCCUGGGACAGCAGUACACAUCACUGGGGUCCCAGCCUUUGCUCUGUGGCUCCAUUCCUGGCCUGGUCCCCAAGCAGCUCCGUUUCUGCCGCAACUACAUUGAGAUCAUGCCCAGUGUGGCAGAGGGGGUGAAGCUGGGCAUCCAAGAAUGUCAGCAUCAGUUCCGGGGCCGACGUUGGAACUGUACCACCAUCGAUGACAGCCUGGCCAUCUUUGGCCCUGUCCUUGACAAAGCUACUCGGGAAUCCGCUUUUGUGCAUGCUAUCGCCUCUGCUGGUGUGGCUUUUGCUGUCACCCGGUCUUGUGCCGAGGGCACCUCUACAAUCUGUGGCUGUGACUCCCAUCACAAGGGGCCUCCUGGGGAUGGCUGGAAAUGGGGGGGCUGCAGUGAAGAUGCCGACUUUGGGGUGCUGGUCUCCAGAGAGUUUGCUGAUGCCCGGGAGAACCGUCCAGAUGCCCGCUCUGCCAUGAACAAACAUAACAAUGAGGCUGGUAGGACGACCAUCCUGGACCACAUGCAUCUCAAAUGUAAGUGCCACGGGCUCUCGGGGAGCUGCGAAGUGAAGACCUGCUGGUGGGCCCAGCCUGACUUCCGGGCCAUCGGGGACUUCCUCAAGGACAAGUAUGACAGUGCCUCUGAGAUGGUGGUAGAGAAACACCGAGAAUCGCGGGGAUGGGUGGAGACCCUCCGGGCCAAGUACGCCCUCUUCAAACCACCUACCGAGCGGGACCUGGUCUAUUAUGAGAACUCUCCCAAUUUCUGUGAACCCAACCCUGAGACUGGAUCCUUUGGAACCAGGGACCGGACUUGUAACGUCACCUCCCAUGGGAUCGAUGGCUGUGACCUGUUGUGUUGCGGUCGAGGCCACAACACACGGACAGAGAAGCGAAAGGAAAAAUGCCAUUGCAUCUUCCAUUGGUGUUGCUAUGUCAGCUGCCAGGAGUGUAUCCGUAUUUAUGACGUCCACACCUGCAAGUAA